GACCCGCACUGACCCAGCCCAGCCCUGGCUGCAGCUGCGGCUGCCACAGCACUCGGCUAGAGAGGACACUCAGGGUGACAGCGCAGGUCACUGAUAUCUGGGACCAGGGGCCCUCCUGGACAACUAUGAAGAGCUCUGUGCUCUGAGUGAGCAAAGGUACUGCGGGCCUGGAGACGCAGAAGUGACUUCCACAGGAUCAUUUCAGAAGCUCAGCCUGUAGAGAGUGGGGAACUUGAAAUCUGUUUGUGCUGACCCCAGAAAGCUGAACAAAGCACCAUGAGCAGCCAACAGACAGUAAAAAUCUUCAAGAAAUCUGCUAUCCCAGGAGUUGUUGUCACUCAGUUUGUGAAUGAUGUUCCACAAGGAUGCAGUACACCUGAUUUUGAGAAGAAACCACUCACUCUGACACUGCAGGAAGGUAAAACUGCCAUUUUCAGAGCUGUGAUCAAAGGUGUCCCAGCUCCUGAGGUGAAAUGGUCGCGUACACGGAAAGGAAUGGAUGAUCCUACCAAAUAUGAAAUGUCCUUCAAUAGUGCUACAAAUGAAUUCAUUCUGCAGAUCAAGAGCCUGGUUCUGGAUGACAGUGAUUUGUAUCGCUGCUGUGCCGUCAAUGCCUACGGAGAGGCCUCGUGCUGUGCUGGCCUCAGGAUCAUCCAAGUUGGCUUUAAGAAGAAGGCAAAAUAUGUUCCUGUUCAUGCUGCUGAUGAGCUCAAGAAGACACUCCUGGACUCCAAGAAGAUGCUGAGGAAGAGGGUUGCAGCACCAAAACCAAAGCCCCUGGACAAAGAAGCUGUGUGGCAACUGUUGCUGCAUGCAGAUAGGAGAGAUUAUGAGAAAAUCUGUAUGAAAUAUGGAAUUGUUGACUUCCGUGGGAUGCUGAGGAAGCUGCAGGAGAUGAGGAAGGACACAGAGACUGAACAAGAAAAGUUAAUUCACGAUCUGAAGAACUUUGAACACAUCAAAGUCAACAAGGAGGGAAAUGCUACAUUCAGCCUGGAGAUGGAGCUGAAAAACAGCAGCAGCAACGUUUACCUGCUCAAGGACGGCGAGCGGCUCCGGUACGGGACAGGGGACGAGUACAGGAAGCACUGCCUGAGGAGGGUUGGCAGGAGGUACUACUUCACUGUCAAUGAUGUGCAGCCAGAGGACGCAGGGGUGUACCAGGUCAGGGUGGAGGAUGUCCCUAUCUUCUCAACUGAACUGGAUGCUCAAGCCAUCCCAGUGCGGUUCCGGCAGCCGCUCUCAGACGUGCGCUGUGCCGAGGCCGGGGACGCCGAGUUUCAGUGUGUGCUGUGCACGCCCUGCCACGAGCCCCUGUGGCUGCACAAGAGCCAUCCCCUCCAGGCCAGUGACAAGCACCAGAUGUCCGUGACACCUGAUGGCCUGACCCACAAGCUGAUUGUCAGGAACGUGGGGCCCUCAGACAGUGGGCUGUACACGCUCGACGUGGGACAGGGCUCCUCCAGGGCCUGGCUCCUCGUGGAAUAUGCCAAAGGAAAAAGGACACAAGAUGAAGGAGAAAAGAUUGAAAGGGAGACAUCUGAGUGGCUGAAAGAAACAAUGGCAGACAAUGAAAGGGCGAGGAAGCUUCGGCGCAAAGAACAAGCUGCUGCUGAAGAUCAUCCUUCCUUUUCCACAUCCUCUGGUGUGGAGAAAAGUGGCUGGUACAGAACUGAUCAACGCAGCACCCAAGGCAGGGGCCAAGGACACUCCAUUGAUUCUGAUGAUGGAAGCCAAAGAUUUUUGGGAAAAGAAGGGCUACGCAAAACCCACAUAAAUGGAGAGUUGGGGUCUGGGCAGUUUUCUGGAGCAGGUCUAGAUGGAGAAUCAGCAGCCAAUGAUGGCAGCAUCUUUGGGCUAAAAGGCUUAGAAGGCAGAACCAGGUUAAGGCCUGUCCAUAGCAUGGACUCUGUGUCAGGCAGAGCAGGUCCUGCUGCAGUAGGAGGGGCAGGUGAAGGGAAUUCUCUGGAUGGCAGAGGUGUGGGUGUGCUGGGUGCUGCUGACAUUGACAUGGAUGAUGGAGAUGGUUUGGGCUCUCAGCAUGACAAGGAUGGGAAUUUAGGUGAUGCCAGUUACAGAGCUGGUUUUGGGGGUGCUGGGAGGUUGGGUGCAGGAAGUUCUGUGCCAGAUGGGCUUGAUCCUGAUUCAACUGGAGUGAGAGCCAGUGUGGGUGAUCUGUCUGGCAGGACUGGUCCAGGAACUGGAGCUGGGGGAAAUGCUGCAAGUGCUGGAAUAGCAGGAAGAAUGAGGUCCCACCACAGCAAGGAUGGGCAUCCCACUGUGGGUGAUAUGAACGGAGCAGGUAUAAACAGAGAGGGACAAACAGGGACUCCCUAUGGCAAGGAUGGCCUGACACCUCAUGCCAGUGGUCAGUUAGGGCAGACAGGAACACCUGGCUCACUGUAUGGGCCAAGAGGCCUUCCAGGUGGAGAUGGGGCUAUACCUGGUGCUGGUGGCAAUUCCAGAGGAGAAAUGGAGGCUUUGUAUGGUCCAGAUGGUCAGGCACUUGGAACAGGUGCUGGUGGAGCUGGUGGAGCUGGUGCAGGGGGAUUUGGAUCUCCCUAUGGAAAGGAUGGUCUCCCAGUUGGGGCUGGUUUUGGAGGUGUUGGUGCAGGGGGAUUUGGAUCUCCAUAUGGAAAGGAUGGUCUUCCAGUUGGAGCUGGUGUUAGUGGUGCAGGGGGAUAUGGAGCUCCCUAUGGGAAGGAUGGUUUACCCAUUGGAGCAGGUGUUGGUGAGGCUGGUGGUGCAGGGGGACUUGGAUCUCCCUAUGGAAAGGAUGUUCUCCCAGCUGGGACUGGUGGUGCUGGCGCAGGGGGAUUUGGAGAGGCUUUGUAUGGUCCAGAUGGUCAGCCACUUGGAGCAGGUGUUGGGGGUGGUGCUGGUGCAGGGCGAUUUGGAGUUCCCUAUGGAAAGGAUGGUCUCCCAGUUGGAGCAGGUGGUGCUGGUGCAGGGGGAUUUGGGUAUCCAUGUGGAAAAGACGGUCUCCCUGCUGGAUCAGGAGUUGGUGGAGCUGCAGGUGGUGGUUUUGGAGGUGCUGGAUCGUCUUACGGAAUGGAUGGUUUCCCAGCUGGAGCAAGUGCUGGUGGGGCUGGUGGUGCAGGGGGACUUGGAUCUCCUUAUGGGAAGGAUGGUCUCCCAGGUGGAGCUGGUGGUGGUGCAGAAGGAUUUGGGGAAGCUUUAUAUGAUGGUCGGCCACUUGGAGCAGGUGUUGGUAUUACUGCUGGUGCUGGUGUAGGUGGAUUUGGAUCUCCCUAUGGAAAGGAUGGUCUCCCAGCCGGGGCUGCUUUUGGUGGUGUUGGUGCAGGGGGAUUUGGAGCUCCCUAUGGGAAAGACGGUCUCCCAGUUGGAGCAAGUGCUGGUGGUGAAGGGGGAGUUGGGGGUCCCUAUGGAAAGGAUGGUCUCCCAGUUGGAGCAGGUGCUGGUGUUGGUGGUGCAGGGGGAGUUGGGGGUCCCUAUGGAAAGGAUGGUCUCCCAGUUGGAGCAGGUGCUGGUGUUGGUGGUGCAGGGGGAGUUGGGGGUCCCUAUGGAAAGGAUGGUCUCCCAGUUGGAGCAGGUGCUGGUGUUGGUGGUGCAGGGGGAGUUGGGGGUCCCUAUGGAAAGGAUGGUCUCCCAGUUGGAGCAGGUGCUGGUGUUGGUGGUGCAGGGGGAGUUGGGGGUCCCUAUGGAAAGGAUGGUCUCCCAGUUGGAGCAGGUGCUGGUGUUGGUGGUGCAGGGGGAGUUGGGGGUCCCUAUGGAAAGGAUGGUCUCCCAGUUGGAGCAGGUGCUGGUGUUGGUGGUGCAGGAGGGGUUGGGGUUCCUUAUGGAAAGGAUGGUCUCCCAGUUGGAGCAGGUGCUGGUGUUGAUGGUGCAGGGGGAGUUGGGGGUCCCUAUGGAAAGGAUGGUCUCCCAGUUGGAGCAGGUGCUGGUGGUGCAGGUGGGAUUGGGGGUCCCUAUGGAAAGGAUGGUCUCCCAGUUGGAGCAGGUGCUGGUGGUGCAGGGGGGAUUGGGGGUCCCUAUGGAAAGGAUGGUCUCCCAGUUGGAGCAAGUGCUGGUGUUGAUGGUGCAGGGGGAGUUGGGGGUCCCUAUGGAAAGGAUGGUCUCCCAGUUGGAGCAGGUGCUGGUGGUGCAGGGGGAGUUGGGGGUCCCUAUGGAAAGGAUGGUCUCCCAGUUGGAGCAGGUGCUGAUGUUGGUGGUGCAGGGGGGAUUGGGGGUCCCUAUGGAAAGGAUGGUCUCCCAGUUGGAGCAGGUGCUGGUGCUGGUGGUGCAGGGGGAGUUGGGACUCCCUAUGGAAAGGAUGGUCUCCCAGCUGGAGCAGGUGUUAGUGGUGCAGGUGGGAUUGGGGGUCCCUAUGGAAAGGAUGGUCUCCCAGCUGGAGCAGGUGUUAGUGGUGCAGGUGGGAUUGGGGGUCCCUAUGGAAAGGAUGGUCUCCCAGUUGGAGCAGGUGUUGAUGGUGCAGGGGGAGUUGGGGGUCCCUAUGGAAAGGAUGGUCUCCCAGUUGGAGCAGGUGCUGGUGUUGGUGGUGCAGGGGGAGUUGGGACUCCCUAUGGAAAGGAUGGUCUCCCAGUUGGAGCAGGUGCUGGUGUUGGUGGUGCAGGGGGAGUUGGGACUCCCUAUGGAAAGGAUGGUCUCCCAGUUGGAGCAGGUGUUGGCGGUGCAGGGGGGAUUGGGGGUCCCUAUGGAAAGGAUGGUCUCCCAGCUGGGGCUGUGGCAGGAGCUGCUCAUUUCCCUGUUGGAAGUGUGGAAGCAAUGGGAUCUGGCCGUGGCACGGAUGCUACACUGGGCAGAGCUCCAGGAUAUGCAGGAGAGGGGUUUUCUGGGGAAGGCUCUGCACUGUGGGGUGCAGGUUCUCCCUAUGGCAAGGACAGAGGGUCAGCUGUAGCCAUGGCUGGCACAGGUGGGAUUGGAAGGUUGGGAGGGGAUGAAUGGGACUCAGUCAGUGGUAAAGGAGGUUUGGGAGGUGCUGGUGGACCAGGUGGUGAAUACGGGCUAGAUGCACAUCUUGGCAGAUCUUCAAUAGGUGAAACUGGAAAAGGCACUGCCAGUGAUGUCAGAGGGGCAGGGAACAAAGGUUCAGCUGGUGACAGAGGGUCUCUGUCAGGUCCAGGAGCAGCCAGGGGAGAGGGGAGAGAUUUCAGACAAUUGGGCUCCCUUUAUGGCACAGAUUCUGCCUUUGGAGGUGCAGGGAGUAAAUCCUAUGACAGAUCUGUUGAUGGGAGUAGUUCAGGUGGGUUUGGUCAAGGUCCACUGAGUUAUGGCCAGAUGUCAGGUCCUGGUGGUGGACCUCCUUCAGCAAACCAGAAAAACCAAGAACCUGACCUGGAUCUUAAAGCAAAUGAUUCCCUGAAAAUCACGGAAAGCACAGGACAAAAGAGACGGAGUGUCCUGGAUGAUCUCAAAGUCCCACGCUGUUACCUCAACAAGCAGCUGGCAACCGUGCGAGUGCUGAAGGGGGAGCCAGCUGAGCUGUCCUGCACUGUCAGCAAGGACAACGUGACAGGAACCUGGUUUAAGGAUGGCCUAAAGUUAACAAACAUGGAUGGAGUCAUCUUUGAAAAGAAAGGCCUUGUCCACAAACUGAUCAUUAACAAAGCGGACGAUAUUCAUGCUGGGAAAUACAGGUUUGAAGGUGGAGAUGUAAAAACUGAAGCUUCAAUUUUUGUUGAAGAUCCUCCCCAGGUGGACAAAGUCCUCCUCAAGAACUUGACCAGUGUCCCUACGGUGGCCAAGGCUGGGGAGAGUGUGAAGCUGCGGAUCCCAUUUGAGGGUCGAGGGCCCAUCAGGGCAGCAUGGCUGAAGGACAGGAUGGAGUUGGGGGAUGACACCAGGAUUCGUGUGGACAAGACAGACACCUGCACCACGCUGUCCAUCUCCAGCUGCGACAGGAGGGACUGUGGGGAUUACAAAGUCAGGCUCAAGAACGACAGUGGUGUCCUGGAGAUCAACCUAAAGCUCAUGGUGAUAGACAAACCACAGCCUCCAGCAGGACCCAUCAAAAUUGUAGAAAAUUCUUCAGACAACAUCACAAUCCAGUGGAAGCCCCCAAAGGACGAUGGGGGCAAACCAGUGCAAAGGUACCUCGUGGAGAGGCAACAGGCAGGCAGGAAUGACUGGGAGACUUUGGGAGAAACCCCCAGGAGCUGCACCAGCUUCACCACAAGCAAAGUGGAGGAAGAGAUGAGCUACUACUUCAGGGUGAGGGCUGUGAAUGCCGAGGGAGUGAGUGAUGCGCUGGAGUCAGAAGAAGUGAAGGCUGCUGGUAAAGCUUCCCCUGGUGCCCCAGAUCCCCCUGAGAUCAUCAGCACCAGCAGGGACACCAUCACCAUAUCCUGGAAAGCUCCUUGUAAAACUGGCGCUUCCCAAAUUACGGGAUACAUUGUUCAGAAACGCAAGAAGGGCACUGUGACCUGGCUGCCAGUCACCAACGUGCCUGUCAAAGACAAGAAGCUGAAGGUGACCAGCCUCAAGAAGGGUGUGCAGUACGAGUUCCGUGUGGCAGCUGUCAAUGCUGCUGGCACAGGACAGCCCAGUGACCCCUCAGAGCCCACCUUUGCCCGGGACCCCACCAAAUCUCCAGGCCAAGUGCAGGGCCUUAAAGUGAGCAGCAGUGACAGUACCAGUGUCACCUUGACAUGGAACAAACCUGCAGUACAAGAUGGGAAUGAUGUGAAAGGCUAUGAGGUGGAGAUGAGGCCCUGUAACAGCCUCAGCUGGACCAAGUGCUUCACCCUCCCUGCAGAGAGCACCUCGUGCAGGGUCCAGGGCCUCCAGCCCAGGGAGAAGCUGUUCCUGCGUGUCAGGGCCCUCAGCAACGGCGGCUCCGGGGAGCCCUCGGAGCUCGAGGCUUGUACUGGAGCUGCUGCUGCCAUGGUCUCUCCCAGGUUGCUGAUAGAUGACACAGUGAAAAGCUUCCUGGUUAUAAAAGCAGGGAAUCCCCUCCGGGUGAAGAUUCCCUUUGAGGGAUCUCCCGAGCCAGUGGUGACCUGGUUAAAGGAUGGGCUCCCCCUUCCCAGCCAGGCUGUCGUGAGCACCGAGGAUGGGAGCACCCAGCUGCUGCUCAGGGCAGCCGAGUUCAGUGACAGCGGCACCUACACUGUGGAGCUUGGGGAUGAGCUGGGGAAAAGGGAAACCUUCAGCUUCCAGGUUCAAAUUGCAGAUGUCCCUCAGCCCCCUGGAGCCGUCCGGCUGGAGGAGAACGUUCCCAACACAGUCACAGUGACCUGGGACCCCUCAGCAUCCGAGCAGUGGGACAAGAACCUGUAUUACACAGUCCUGAAACGGGAAUCCCAGAAGGGUCUGUGGCAUGUGCUGGGAGACCUGAUCUACAACAACAAGUUCACCUUCACCAGGGUGGUCCCAGGCAGGGAUUAUUACUUCAGGGUUGUGGCAAAAAAUGACCUGGGAGUCAGUGAUCCAUCAGAUACUGUGCAGCCCUGGAGGAUCUGGAAAAAAAAGGCUGAAUUUCGAGUGAAAGCACAGAAAUACAGGGGAGUAAACCAGAACCAGCCCCCAAGGUUCCUGGUGCCACUUAGGUCCCACGUGGUGGUGACAGGCAGCGAGUGUCACAUGAGCUGCGCCGUUGGAGGCCAUCCCCCUCCAAAAAUCACAUGGUACAAGGACAGCAGAGACCUCUCCAGAGAUCCCAACUACUUCUGCACCAACGACUUCGGUGUGUGCUCCCUGGUGGUGCCGGGGGUCACCAAGCAGGAUGAGGGGGAGUAUAUGGUAGAAGCCAGCAAUGAAGUGGGUCGUGCCUACAGCAAAGCCUUCCUCGCCAUCAAAGACUCCUCCCUGUAGCGUGGCCCCGCUGAUAACAUCCCUGCAUGGCUCCGAGGAUGAGAAGGUGUUGGUGAGGACUCAUCCAUGUGAAGGCUGUGCAUUUACUGUCAGAUGUUCUUCACAGUCUGAGACUGUUAUUUUUCAGAUUCAGUAAUUGCACUUUGAACAUAGUGCUGCAUUGUCAUAAAUACUGGAGGAAAAAACCUUUAAAAGCACUGUAUUAUUUUUUUUUUAAUGAUCAGGCUUUCCAUGAGACCUUUAAAACACAGUUUAGAAGCUUCAGGAACACAGAAGAUAAGAGGAAAAAUAAUUGGCCAAAAUGAAAUUUUCUAUGGAGAACACAGUUGGGAGCCAGCCUGCCACACCACACGUCCACAACAAGGACAUUUCUGGACAUCAGGGAUCUCUGGUCCUUUCACUAUGCUUUUUCAAGCCAAAACAAUCACUUUGGAUUCCAUGUGAUUCUCUACAGGUUUCUCAAAUCUGGCAGAAGCAGUUCUGCAUGUGUUCUACUACCAGUAGCAGUUAAGUAGAUUAUCUUCCCUAACCCCUAAGUUAAAAAGAGCAUCUGCUUGCUCAUUUUGUCUGGGCAGGAGAUAAAAUCUCAGACCAUCCUGGCAUGGGGUAGGUGAAACUCCCAGUGCAAAUGCAGUGGUGGGAAGGACUGGAAGUCUACAACCAGCGUGUGAGCAGAGCAACUCCCAAAACCCACAGCAUUUGCUGUUCAAAGGCUGGGCCAGUCCUGAACCAUCCCCAGCAUCAGCUGUGCAUCCCAACUGCCCCUUGUCACAGCACUGCUGGGAGCCUUUUGCCUUGUGUGGAAAGAGAUGUAAAAUCCUUCCUGUCUGACCAGAAAUACGAGGGACCCCCCAGGGACCUCCUGCUAUGGCCAGAGGUUCCCAGCAUGGGGCCUGGAUAGCAAAAUGUUCUGGUGGCUGUAGGAGUGUCACAGCCAGAGCACCCAGGGCACUUAGUGACAGGAGAGAGCGGAGCCAAAUACAGCUGUAGGGGUGGAAUGUUCCUUGGGAUUACAUUUUGUACAAUGUUGUACAGAUGUAGCAGCAGUAGAUAAUGAAAUUAAACCACAAUUGACUGAAAUCUACCCCGAGUCC